GCAUCACCAGACUCACUGAGACCCUUGCAGCGAGGUCUGAGCCGGACAACCCGAGAUGAAGCUCAUCAUCCCCGCACUGGUGUGCCUGCUGCUGGCAGGGAUGUGGUUACAGGAUGUGGACACCAAGAGCAUGCACGUGCCAUCCUCCAAUUGCUGUUACAUGACAGUGAAGAGAAAGAUUUCUCCGAAGAAAAUCCGAUGUUACAAGCACAUCAGCUCCACCUGCUCCCACGAAAACCGUCUAAUAUUGAAGCUGACUGGAGGCCUAGAGGCUUGCGUCUUCCAAAAAGACUCGUGGGUUCAGGCUUAUUUAAAGAGGAUAAACCCCUGCCUGUGAAAGGAAAUGUGAGCUGAUCCCUUCUCAUCCUGGACUCAGGACACCACGCGGCUUCACUUGUCUAACUUCACAUCAGUCCUUCUGCCCCAUCUUCACCGGGUCACUCCAAAGGGUCUGCUGGGUUCUAAUAAGCUAUGUUGUCGCACUUUAUAUAUUUAAAUUCUAGAAUCUGUAAGUUCUGUCCACCCCCACCCCCCCCACCCCCCGCCUGCCACCCCAUGCCUCUUGGACCCCAGGGGGCGGAGAGGAGGGAACCAGGUUGGAAUUGGUGUCAAGGGGAACUGACUUCUUUUAUUAUUAUUUAAUUUUUAUUGGAGUAUAGAUGCUUUACAAUGUUGUGGUAGUUUCUACUGCACAGCAAGGUGAAUUCUUGAUACUGUGGAACUGACUUCUUGUCAAUAGGAGCCAAUAAAUGACUCA